AUGCUGGCUCCCACCACGUCGAUCGGCGCAUUCGAACCAAGUGUCCGCAACGCCAUCGGUCAGCUGCAGCAAGCCGACUCUCGAUACGAACACGUCAUCCUGACCACGGCCGAGGGGAGCACCAGUCGAGCCGCCCCUUUCCAACUCGUCUCUAUCGCUGCCGGUGGUCUGGAUGCACUCCGCACAAAGCUCCAAAGCCGUGAGACUCGAUUCGCCCUGUUGCGCGUGCAAACACGAGUUCUGCUCAUCGUAUCGCUUGGCCAAGGCAUUACGGGACUCAAGCGCGCUCAUGUGCUGGUUCAGGGUAGAGCACUCCAAUCGUCGCUGGGCGCCAUCCUGUUUGCCGCGCUCACCAUUGCGUCCACCUCGCAACUUACCCCAGCCCUUGUGAGUUCAAAGCUGCAGCUCGAGGGGUUCGCCCAUGUACCUUCUCCGGACCUGAAUCAAGACUUUAGGGCUUCCUGGGCGUCGGCGUCGACUUCGGCGGCUAGCAUCGUCAGCCGAGCAAAGCCAAGCGCGCCCUCGUCACCCGAAGACGUGGGACACGAUGCCUCGUGGGCUCGUCCCGUCUCGGAUAUCGGGCCGUUGCAUCACAGCGAUGCGGCACAGUCGAUCUCUGUUGGCUCUCGCGCCAAGUCAGUGCUUGUCACUCGCUCAGCUAGUCCCUCCUCUCAGGGGAUCGUUAUUGAUCUGGCGUCGGUCAUCGACGGAACAGCUCAGCCGACUCCACCCUUUACAUCUCAAGACAAGUUCCCCCUACUGCCAGCGGCUGACUUUGGCAAGAAGGAGCCAUUCUUGAGCUCGCCAGUCAGUCUGGAUGCUUCCUUGGCCACACCGCGUUCAGCCACGCCAAGCGAUCCGGGCAGCCCUCAUUGGCCACGCAGCCCUCGUGUCCGCCUGUCUGCCGACGAGCGGAAGCGUCUGUCGGACGAACGUGAUCGUCUUCGCGCCGAUGAGGCGAUUCGAGACCAAGUCAUGAAGAAGCUUCGAGCUGAGCAGCAGACCUCGCUCAGAUCGCCCACUGCACGUACUCCUCGGCUCGCUGUCGUUCCGCCUCUGGCGCCUCCUCCUCCUUUUGCACCGCCUCCUCCUCCAUCUUCUGAUGCAAUGCUCGUCGCUUCCACCCGAAGGCCAUCCAGCAUCGCAUCACCGCGCGCCGCUUCCAAGCAAAAGCUGGAUGGCGAGAGUAGUCCUACGACCGCUCCCACGGUCACGGUCUCGGGAUCGUGUGGCAGCAAACCGGUCGACGCGAGCGGUGAGUUACAAGCAUUGCAGCGACAGUUUGACGAAAGGCCGAGAUCGUCCGAAAGUCACGAGAGCAUCCGCAGCAGCAUCCAAUCGCUCAACCUCUGGGAGUUUGCCGAAGCUGCGUCUCGACAAGACUCAUUCCUGCAUCUGCCUAGGCGCGCGUCCCCCUCCAUGCCCAGCACAACGAGACGAUCCUUCUCAGGUAGUGGUACACCCAGUCACGUCCGCAGCAGACAAGGGUCCGGCAGCGAGUCGGUGGUUUCUGGCGAGAAUCAGCCAUGCACCACAUCCAGCUCGAGGGGCAGUGUUGCAGCCUCUUCCCUCUUCGACAAAGAGCUGCCUGCCUUGCCCUCUGACUUCGAUUACGGAUCCAACGGCGGCGAUGAGUGGAUUGGCGACCUCGAAGUGCACGACUCGCCCAGGUAUGUUUCACCCGCCUCGAUGCUGCCUGGCAAAAAGGAGCGAGAACGCCAGGCGGAAAACGUCGAAGAAGCAGAGCUGCACGAUUUGCGCGAACGACUGGCGCAAGCCGAAGCCAGAGCCAAGGCUGCCGAAGAUGCCGCUGAGCUCGCCGUUCGCGAGGUACAGAUCGAGACGCGACGGCUAGCCGAAGAGCUAGCGAAAGUGGAAAGGGGAACCCGCGAGAAGAUGGAGGCGGAAGCGAUCCGACGAGCGAAAUGGGCACGCGAGCAGGUUGCGCGUGACCAGCUGGACGCAUACGAGCGCAGCAAGCUCGAAGCGGACGAGAAGCGACGCCGACGCGCAAUCGAGGAGCAGCGUCGGCUCGAAUGCGAUCGAGCGGCCCGUAUUCGCGAGGAACAAGAGUGGCGCCAGCACGAAGCAGAUCGCAUCAAGCAAGAGUACGAGCUGCGCAUCCAGCUUCUCGCCGAGCGGGAGGCAAAGCUCAAAGCCCAAGCCGAGGAGAGGGAGCGCCGUGAGCAGGAGCGUGCAGAACACGCGCGUGCGAGCGAAGCAUUUCGCCAGCAGCGGCUGGAAGAACUCACAAAGGCCGUACAGGGCAGCGAAGUGAUCCUGUCAGGAUGGCUCAACCUGCACAGCGACGAGGCGGUGCAGUGGAGACGACGUUGGUACGAGGUGGUGGAUCGCCAGCUAGUGCUGUGCAAAUCUGCCACGGAUCGCUCUGCGAUGACGGUCAUUCCGCUUACUCCGGGAAAACUGAUAAGUGUAACCGACGAGGAGGAGCAUGAUGGCUGCUUGAUGCGUUAUGGCCUGCGAUUCGAAGUGCAGGGGUCCUCGACGGUGACGCACACUUACACUGUUUCGACGGAUACCCACGCUGCCAAGCUCGAUCUCUCCCUGGUCGUCGAGGCUGUUGCCGCAAGUGUCGAGGUCUAG